UGUCACGUUAUGCUGCAGUUUAAGAUUACGAAAAUUAGUUCUGCGACAUAUGUAAAUCAUGAGCACUACAAAGCGUCAUGAUAACAAGCAACGCGUUGACAUGAUCGGCGGCAUAAAAAGUCAAACUCCGAGGUUUUGAAGUUUACAAGCCUGCUUUGACCAUCCUUCUGGAUUUCUGUGUUGAAAUGGAGCGUGUAGACGGUUUGAAGGACACCACUUGUCAAUUCACUCUUGAUGGGAAGCCUUUUCGGAUCUUGGGGGGAUCGAUUCACUACUUCCGAGUUCCCAGGGAGUACUGGCAUGACAGACUACUGAAGAUGAAAGCAUGUGGCAUCAAUACACUGACCACAUAUGUCCCAUGGAAUCUACAUGAGCCAGAGAAGGGGGCAUAUCACUUUGAAGGUCAACUGGAUCUUAGGGCCUAUGUGUCUUUGGCUGCAGAAGUUGGUCUCUGGGUGAUCUUGCGGCCUGGACCAUAUAUUUGUGCUGAGUGGGACUUGGGUGGACUGCCAAGCUGGCUGUUACGUGACAAAAAUAUGCAGUUACGGACAUCUUAUCCUGGUUUUAUGGAAGCUGUCAACCUAUACUUCGACAAGCUAGUAACUGUUAUUAAACCUUUGCUGUAUAAAGAAGGAGGCCCAGUUAUUGCCCUCCAAAUUGAGAAUGAGUAUGGAUCAUAUGCCAAAGAUAAGAACUACAUGAAGCUUAUAAAAAUCUGUUUUCAGAGCAGAGGUAUCAGUGAGCUGUUAAUGACUUCAGACAACUGGGAGGGCUUGAGGUGUGGAGGCACAGAAGGAGUUCUGAGAACCAUAAAUCUCCAAAGACUAUCAUUUGGAGCUAUUCAACACUUAGCUGACAUGCAGCCACAGAAACCAGUGAUGGUGAUGGAAUAUUGGUGUGGCUGGUUUGAUGUGUGGGGAGAGCAUCAUCAUGUGUUCCACUAUGAGGACAUGAUUAAUGUGGUAUCAGAAAUCUUGAAGCGAGGCAUCUCCAUUAACCUCUACAUGUUUCACGGUGGGACCAACUUUGGAUUCAUGAAUGGGGCGAUGGAUCUCGGCAAUUACAAACCACAGGUCACCAGUUAUGACUAUGAUGCCCCUUUGUCUGAGUCUGGAGAUUGCACUGAAAAGUAUUAUGCCUUGAGAAACCUAUUCAGCAGAUAUCAUUAUGAGCCUCUUCCAGAAGUGCCAAUUUCUCAGCAGAGGAGAGAGUACAGCCCUGUGAUUGUUGAGCAGCACCUGUCACUGUGGGACAUUCUGCACCUCACGGAAUCAUGCAGAUCUGAGUUACCAGUGAACAUGGAGAAUCUCCCUGUCAAUAAUAACAAUGGUCAAUCAUAUGGUUACACUUUGUAUGAGACAAGCAUAACAUAUGGAGGGAGUCUUCAGUCUAAAAACAACAUCAGGGAUAGGGCUUUGGUGUUUGAUAACAGACAGUUUGUUGGCAUGUUGGACCCAAGAAAUCAUGAGGUGGCACUUUUGGAUGGAGAGGGAGAGAGACUUCUGAGUUUACUUGUAGAAAACUGUGGCCGUGUGAAUUAUGGGAAAGCUCUUGACGAACAGCGUAAAGGCAUUGUAGGAGAUAUUUUCCUAAAUCAGAUUCCAUUGAGAGGCUUCACAAUCUUCAGCUUGGAGAUGAGACUCGAUUUUAUAAAUAAAUUGCUAAUAUCAGAUAGAUGGAAAUCCGGCACCAACUGCACUUCUAUGCCUGGGUUUUUCAGAGCAAGACUGUAUGUUGAUGGUCCACCAAGAGACACCUUCAUCAAACUGCCUGGCUGGGCUAAAGGAGCUGUAUUUGUUAACAGUCACAAUCUUGGGCGUCAUUGGUCGAUUGGUCCUCAACACUGUCUUUACCUCCCUGGACUUUGGCUCAACAGUGGAGAGAAUCAGGUAAUUGUUUUUGAGGAACAAAAAACUGAUGGCGUGAUUGUUUUUGCUGAAAAUCCAGAGUAUGGAAAGACAACUGAUGUGUACAAACUUCCUUUUUGUAGUUUAUUAUAAAAAGACAUCUCCACACAUUUCUUGCUUAGAACUUAAGCAUACACAUGUCAAGAGAUACUGUCCAAUGAUAAUAGGCUGCUUGCAUCUUAUAUUAUUUUGUUGAAGCUGUUUGUAGUUGAUCCAUUAUCAACUGAAUACUGACCACCUUCUAAACAUCUUUGAAAUUAAUGUAUAAUAUUACAGUUUUGGGGCAGUCAAAACCAGAGACAUUUUUCUGAAUGAGUUAUAUGUUGUGAACCUUGGCCUAUUUCAUUUCUUAUGGGUCCUGAACUUUGUAAAGACAUGAUAAGACUAAAAGUUGUUGAACCCUUGACCUCUUUGAGACUUGUAUUGGUCAAAGGGCUUGUCCUUCACCUUAUUACACUGGUAUGAAUACAUUGUAACGUAUCCGUAUACUCUUCACAAUAAAACUAUAAUUUGUCAAUAA